AUGCGUUCCUCUCUGCUCAUCACUUCUGCCCUGGCCUUGGGUGUCAUCGCACGACCACAACUCUUUGGGAGGCAACCCAAGAUUGUCUACAAGACCGAGGUGGUGAUCCAGACAGUCAUCGUGACUAUCACGCAGGAUUACGUUGCGCCAUCGUCUACCUCUUGCGCGACUUCGCGUACUGCGGUACCCAUUACUACCUUGAUACCUCGGCCCAAGCCUGUACCCUCUUCGUCGAUCUUGGUCAUCCAUACUACUCCCGCUGUUUCUCCGGUGUCUACUACCUCCCGCACUCCUGCGCCAAAGCCUUCAACUACGACUAGAAACGCCCCCUCGGGUACUAGUCAGGCGUAUCUGUCCGCAGGACCCGAUUACCAAGCUGCUGUGCUCUUCCAUCACAACGCCGCCCGUGCCAACCACAAUGCUGCGCCAUUGUCAUGGGACUCCAGCUGUGAAUCCAACGCCCGAAUUGCUGCCAGCAGGUGCGAAUUCAAACACUACAUUCCCAGUGGCGCCGGCCAAGGUCAGAAUCUCUUCGUUGUUUCUGGUAAUGCAUUCAAUGUCACAGCAGGCAUCUCGGAAAGCUGGUAUCGUGGAGAGCUUAAUCCCAUGAUGCCGUGGUUCGGGAAGAACGACCUACCCCAUGACGUCUUCGAGGAAGUAGGCCACCUCACACAGAUGGUAUGGAAGGGUACUACCAAGGUCGGAUGCGUGUCGCUGGACUGCGGAAACGCCAUGACCGUCAAUGGCCAGAAGUCUACGAUGAACAAGUUCACUGUCUGCAACUACGCCCCGGCUGGGAACGUUGGUGGUCAAUAUGCCGCCAACGUUGUUGCCCCCAUCUCUUCUACUAACCUUAUCGGCUGGGCGGACUAG